UUUUGUUUUUGUUUUUUUUUUGUUUUGGCUUUGAAGUAUUCUCGGCUACCUGUGGUUUUUGAAAUUUUUUAACACGAAACUCGGGGGAUUUAGACAUGAAUCGUAGUUUUAGGGCUUUGGAAUCGCAAAUACAAGCUCCGGCAAAGCCGCGGCAGCAGCAAGUUGGAGGACUGAGGGCGUCGGUUAUGAAAGAUAAGGAGGAGGAGCUUGCGUUGUUUUUAGAAAUGAGAAAGCGUGAGAAAGAGAGGAAUGAUCUUCUCUCUAAUAACGUGGAAGAGUUCGAUGCGCCUUUAGGAACAAAACCAGGAACUUCUCCAAUAUUUAAUAUCUCAUCAGCUACCCCAGCUCCUACUCGCAAGACUGGUGCCGAUGAUUUUCUUAAUUCUGACAAUGAUAAAAAUGAUUAUGAUUGGUAAAGUUAUCGCAUUACACUUCUCGUUUUUGUUUAUUGAAUGAAUAUUCCUAUAUAUCGCUGUUUCUAUCCUGGAUUAACCGAUCAUUAAUAUUGUUGAGAAUUACUCAAUGUCUUGGUAUUAGUAAUUGACUUGGGAGGGUUCCCAAAUGGCACGUCCUCAGGUUAGUAUUGGGUAAUAGACACAUA